GCCAAUUUUGAUCUGGCAGCACUGCUCCUUAAUCUGUUCCGCCCACCCAUUUUAAAUAAUGUACUCUCUACUCUGUGCGCCCGCCAUAUUAGAUGAAAACGUAAACGGAAAAGAACGAAAAGAAAGCCGCUUUUUUAUUUAGUCUACCAACAAAAGUGCGUUGACGUUAGAUCGUAGAAUUUAGUAGAAGUGAUGUGAGUCAGUAACAAUUUUUCUUUUUCAAUUUAUAGUGCCACUUACUUAUCUUGUCGAUUAAAAUCAUGGCUUUGUUAGCCGAAAUUCCUCGAUCUUUUCGAUUGUAUGUGACCCAUGUGGAUGGAGAAGGCCAUUUUCUGAAGAUCAGUGGUCAGCUCGAGCAACCGUCGUCGCUGAUGAUAGAAAGUUUGUUUGAAACCGCGCGUGAAAACUUAGAAAAAGGUAUAGGAGCGGUUCCACCGGCAGCUAUUCAUGAAGGGGUGAUAUGUGCUGCUAAAUACAAAGACGGCGUGUACUAUAGAGCAAAGAUAAUAAACACUACUAGUCUUUCUACUGGCUUGGUUGGAGUACACUUCAUCGAUUUUGGCAAUAAGGAUAUCAUAUCUUUGAGUACCAUUAGAUUUCUAGAUAACUAUGAUCCAAUGUUCUUACAGUUACGUGGCCAAGCCACUGAUUAUUAUUUAUCUAGGAUCAUGCAUCCCUCUGGUAGAUGGGAGGAACCUUUACUGUUAAAACUUCAAAGUCUCCUUUGCUAUACUGAAUAUCCUGUAACAGUUGACGCUCAAACGACGACACUGCCUCUAAUAUCCAUUCAGUUUAAAGGAAAUGACUUGGCUUCACACCUUGUAGCAAAUAGAUUUGGAGUAGCAAUUCCUAUUGUAAAACAAGAAGUUCUUCUGCUGCAAAUGGGUGGUGAUAACCAGCAAACUGCCAAUUGGUCACCAGUAUUUUCCAAUGAUUCACCAUAUACUGAACAUGUGCCAUUUCUGAUAAAUCAAAAUUUCCCUUCAAACCCUGCAUCAGCAAUGCGAUUACAACAGAGUGUUUCAAUACCUUUUAAUGGAAGUGUUCCUCCACCAUCUUUGAUUAGUCAGCGGUUAAUAGCAAAUAAAGUAUCCAGAAAUCCAAUAAAUCUAAAACCUCCUGUUCGACAACCUCAACAUGCAAACACUAAUUCAUUAAAUUCAGUCCCAACCACACCACCAUUGAUUGUGGGAAGUACUACCAAGCCAUCUUCUCCGAAAAAAUCAACAACAUACAAAAGUAGACUAUUGGAAGUUAAUUCUCAACAUAAAGUAUUUGUCUCUUUUGCUGAGGAGGGUCCAGAACUUUUUGCUGUUCAGCUGGUGACAGAUGCAAAAAGGCUGCAGGAUAUGAUGGACGAUAUAAACAGAAGACCCCACAGCAGCCUUGCAGAACCUCCAAUGAUAGGAACUGUUUGCCUUGGGCGUAUGUCUGGAGACAGGAUUAUAUGUAGGGCUAUAGUUAUGAAUUUGUCUGGUUCACAAUGUAAACUUUUCUUUGUGGACUUUGGUGAUACAGAGAUGGUUUCCUAUUAUGAUAUUUUCGACAUCCCAGAGGAAUUUGUGAAACCAAAUGUUUUUGCAAUGAGAUUUUGCUUGUCUGGUGUUAAGAAGUUGGAAAAAGGCCGACACUUGAAUGAGACCUUCAAAGAACUUGUAAAUGGGAAAGUCUUAACACUUAAAGUAGUAUCUCCUGAGGGCCCUCCACUGAUUCAGUAUGGCGAGUUAUAUUUGGAUAAUAAAAAUGUUCUGGAUUUGCUGAUGGCUAAUCUCAAAGAUAAUUUGCAAUUUAAGUGGAUAGAAAUGUUAACCUUAGGAACUAACCAAUCUGUAUUGGUGUCAUAUGUAGACAGCUGUAUUAAGUUUUAUGUCCAACUUUCGGAUAAUAUUGAUGAGCUUAAUGCAGUCAUGGAUGCUGUAAAAGCCCACUGUGAAAAUACUUCUUCCCCUGGUGAGUUACCUGUUGGGGCAGCCUGUUGUGCAAGAUUCCCCGAUGAUGACAAUUGGUACAGGGCAAGGAUCCGUGACACAAAAGGGAACAAAAUUAUUGUGGGCUAUGUGGAUUAUGGCAAUGAACAGGAAAUUGAUGUGACAGACCUCAGGACAAUUACUCCUGACUUAAUAAGACUACCUGCUCAAGCAAUGAAAUGUGCACUUAAAGGUUUUGAAAAUAAACCUGUUGAAACAAAGACUUCAAACCAGUUAGAAAUGCUGGCCCUAGAGAAGACAUUGAUAGCUCAUAUUGUGGGUGUGCUGUCCAACGACACAAUGCUAGUUUCACUGGUUGAUGACACUGUUAGUCCUCCCCUCGAUGUUGCUAGGAAGAUGAACCAGCUCUCCCAACCCAGGAGCAACCAUGAGGUAAAAGCAACGACCCCCGUUCGCAAAGACGCUCCAGACAGCUUCAGCUCGCCCGAAGGCUCCGUGCCCGAUGACAGCAGGAAGAAGAACUUCCGCCGUGAGAAGAGCUUCAAGGAUGAGCGACGGCCACCGCGAGACAACGACGACUUCGGCCACAGAGGGGGCAGCUUCCGUGCUAGGGAUAAUGAAGGCUUCGAUAGAUCAGGACCUGGAAGACAUAGUGAAAAGUUUGCCGGCAGACCUGACAGAGGCGAAAGACGCGGAGGUCCCAAGCCUUGGGAGAACAACACGUCACCACCAGCGCCUCCUGCUGCAUCCGCUGCGGACGACGAAUGGGACGAAGGAGAGACAUCGGCGCCUGCGCCUGCACAAUCCUCCUUCCAGCCACGGUUCAACAAUCGAGAUAGGGACAACAACAGAGACAGGGAAAACAACAGAGAUAGAAGAAAACCUAGGUCAGAUCAUCAAGACAAGCAGCAAAGGCCGGGGUGGAAGAAAGACUCCACGGGGGUUGGCAAAAGGCUUCGGCAGGCUGCGGAGGCUGCCUCUGUUGAUGCUCAGAACUCUAGGCCUUCGGUCCAGGACAGGCUCAAACGUGACAACAAAUUCAAUCAGCCAGAGUUCUCUCAGGAUGAUAGAGGCAAUAGAAACCGUGAUGGUAGACCUGAUAGACGCGACAAUCGCGGAGACUACCGUAGCGACAACCGCGGCGACAACCGUGGCGACAAUCGUAACGAAAGGCGAGACAACUGGGGCGAAAACAGAGGCGACAGACGAGACAAUUGGGGCGACAAGAAAGACAACUGGAAUCAGAAGAGAGAGUUCAGGGACAACAGAGCCGAUCGACCCAGAAGCAACUUUACACCGCGCGACCGAGCUGAACGCAGCGACAAGUACUCGGACACAAGUGACAAACGCUCCGAAAGGAGUUUCAAGUCGCAAGACAGCGGUCGCGCCCCUCCAUACAAAAGUCGCAGCAAGUUCACACAAGUUCAAUACAAGGAGCUCCUCAACCCGGUCUCUCUAGAAACCCCGUUUUCGGAACCUUUAAUAGAAAUCGGCGCCCAGCACGAAGUCUCAGUAACAUGGAUCAUAUCGCCGGAAAGCUUCUACACUCAAAUCAUGUCCGAACAACCGAAAUUCUUAGAGAUGAUGCACAAAAUACCAGAACUGUAUAAGGGUGUGAAAUCGUACACGGGCACAGUGCCAGUGGGUGCCUCUGUAUUGGCCAGGUACCCAGCCGAUGGAGUUUUGUACAGAGCAACUAUAGUUUCUGUUCAGCCGUUCUCCAAAUUCAUAGUUAGAUAUGUGGACUUUGGUAAUAAGCAAUUGGUGGAUGCGAAAGAUAUCUGGCAGUUGGACUCUGAAUUGAUGGAGCUGCCUAAAAUGGCGGUACACUGCUCGUUAUUGGGCGUUGCUCCUAAAGACGGGGAAUGGAAAGCGGAUCCUGAAAUUGAUUUGUGUUUCAACGCGCCCCGUUACCAGUGUGUGUUCCAAGAGAUGGCGGAAGAACAAUUCAAGGUGUCUUUGUGGAACAAUGGCACCAGCGUCGCUGAUAUGCUGGUUGAGAAGCAGCUCGCCGUUAUGUCGGAACAAACUUCGUCCGUUACUCUUAAAGACGAGGCCAUAGACCUGACGAUCAUCGUGGGCCAGCAGAUUCUGUGUCGAGUGACCCACGUCGACUCCAUGAACAAGUUCUUCGUACAACUGGAUCUUGAUAAGGCGACGUUGGUCGAGAAUGCUAUUGCCAGUUUUGAUAGCAGCAAAUUGACGCCAUUAGCGUCGGAUAGUUUGGCCGACGGAAUCCACUGCACGGUGCGGCACGAAGACAAGAUAUACCGCGCCAUACUGUCCGACGUGUCUGAUACCGCUAACAUCAAGGCUGUACUGCCGGACUAUGGCAACUCCAUCACCACUUCUUUGGAAAAGCUAAUGAUUCUGCCCACGGAGCUUAGCGUAUAUUACUACCAGUCGUUGGAAUGCUGUCUCAACAACUUUACUGAGGAAGCAACUCAAUUGAUGACCCUUGAAGAACUCAAGCAAAGUCUCACCGGGAACAAGUUUAUCGUAUACAUCAACAGCGUUGAGGGAAUAACUUUGGUGUCAACCCUUUACAACUACACUACCGGCAAGAAGAUAUCCAUAUUCACUCCCGACGAAGGCGCGUACGACGAAGUGGUGCCGCUAUGUAUGCGAGCAGUAUUCAACUAUAACUUCGGCCUGGCCUACGUAGCUCACACGGAGAAUCUCAACGAAAUAUAUCUGCAGAAGGCAGCUGACGGGGAUAAAAUAGCCGUACUGCUUGAUGAGCUUUAUAAGUUCUAUGAAGAAGGAACGCCCGAAGCCCUGACAAGUUACGAAGUCGAAAGCCUUUGCGCUGCAAAAUCUACCGACGGCAAUUGGUAUCGCGCCACCAUCCUCAGCGCAGAAGAAGACCAGGUGAAAGUUCAGUUCGCCGACUAUGGCAACACCGAAGUCAUAUCCAAGGAGAACCUCAAAGUUUUGGACCCCAAAUUCUUCGAACCGUGCGCUUUAGCUCUAGUAGCCAGUUUAGGGCUCGUAGCUUUACAAGACGACUCCCUCGCGAAACUAACCGAAUGGACGACUGAAAAAGAAGUUCAGGUCACUCUAGCUUUCGGUAGCGACGGUUGGCUCGCCAGUUUGCACCUAGACGGAGUCGACCUAGCUAUGAAGUUAGUCAACGAAAAGUUGGCUACUCCGAAAAUAGAUUCUGAAGAGGAGCACAAACCGGAAGCUGCCGCUGAAGAGCCAAUUUCGUUGCCGGCAGGUUGCACGCAAGUCUACAUAAGCCACAUUGACACGCCUGGUCAUUUCUGGCUGCAGAUGUCUGAUAAAGUUGAUACAAUCGAGGAGAUCCAGGCCGAUCUGCAAGCAAACGCUGACAGUUAUCCCGACAUCGAGAACCGCGAAAUGGGAACUCUCUGUAUCGCGAAAUAUCUGGCCGAUGAUCAAUGGUACCGCGCUGUGAUUUUAGAUUCCGACUCUGACAUCACCACGGUUCGUUUCAUCGACUACGGCAACACUGAUGUGUUGGACAACCAGCCGAAUCUGAUCAAAACAGUGCCCGAACAUCUUAAAGAUGUGGAAGCUUACGCGGUCAAAUCUAGCGUAAACGCAGUCCCCACAGGCACUGGACAGUGGUCUGAACCCGCGUCAGAUUACUUCACGCAGCUCGUCGGCGAUUCAGCCGCACCCGUCGAUGCCUUGAUUGUGCUCAAAGAUGUCACGACUUACGUAGACAUAUUCGUUAACGGGCAAAAUUUGACGGAGAAGUUAGUUUCGGAAGGUCACGCGACGAGAUCCGAAGAGCCCGAGUGUGGAGGCGAUCUUCCUUCCUGCUUCGCGAGUCACGUGAACUCGCCCUCAGAAUUCUGGAUACAACUAGAAACGGCCGCACCGGAAUUGCAAACUAUGGAAGCGGCGAUGGUUGAUGCCGAAAACUUCCCUGAACUGACAGACAAAGAGGAAGGCGUCAUCUGUGCGGCCAAGUAUCCCGAAGAUGGUGCUUGGUACAGAGCGCAAGUCAUCGUAGACGGUUCUGAAGGAACCGAAGUUCUUUUCAUGGACUAUGGCAACGCUUCCAUCGCCAAUGAGUUGAGAAGUCUUCCCGAUGAACUUAAAGCGAAGCCAGCGCUUUCGCGAAAAUGCGCGUUACAGAAACCUCGCGACAUCAAAUCUUGGUCACGUAAAUCGGAAGUGAAGUUCAACGAACUCGCAGCCGAAGGUGCGACGAUAUUCAAUGUACAGUUCAUAGCAUCCGGCGAUAUUUCGAUAGUAGAGUUGUACCUAGAAGGGAAAUCGGUAACUGAAGAAUUGGUCGGCCUUUGCGAGGAACAACCGAUAAGCGAGCGGCCGACUCCGGUUGGCCAAGAUUUACAUAGUAGUGGAAAGAUAUCCUAUGUCAAUUCAAUUGACGAGUUCUACGUACAGCUCGAUAAUGCGUCAUCCGAAAUAGAUAAAGUAACAGAAAGUUUAAUGGGUGGUGCCGAUUUUGAAUCAAUAUCGGAGUUGAAAGUUGGAUCGGUCUGUGCCGCCUUUUGGACCGAAGACGAACAAUGGUAUAGGGCAAAAAUAUUGGAAUUCUGUGACGGGGGAUAUCACGUUCAAUUUAUUGACUAUGGCAAUAAAUCCAAGUGUGAAGAGUUCCGACAGCUCCCGGAGGAAAUCGCUGGUAUCGAACCUUUGGCUAAAUGUUGUCGGUUAACUGGGUUUUCUGGAGAUAGUUCGGCAAAAGAGGCUGCCAAAGAUAAAUUAGAUGAGUUAGCUGCAGAUGAAACUUGUACAUUCCAAAUAGAAUUUCUAGAUAGCACUAGUGAACCAACUCUGGUUAAACUCUUAUUAAAUGGUCAAGAUAUUAUAUCCUUACUUGUUUCCAAUAAGGAUGCCGAAACAAGAGAAGUAGUUUCCAAUAUAGGUGAUGAGAAGAUUAUUGAAAAAAAUGAGCCAACUGAGGCAAAAGUCAGUGAAGUUCAGAAUCUCGAAAAAGAACUAGCUGCUUCCGAUCAAGAUAUAGACUCUCUUACAGACAAGAGUACAGAGCAGGGCAAGGAAACUGAUGAACUUAAACCGUCGAAGCCAAUACGGGUUUCUGAAUAUAAAGAGAGUAUUAUAUCUGAAAAUAUUGAUGAAAAAGAAAGUGAAGGUGAUGGAACACAGAGUCCAUUGAACACAUCACAACCUGAUCUAGACGAGAGCUUGAACAGUAAUCAUACUGUUAUCGAAAACAAGUCAUUCGAGGCUGAAACUAAUGACCUAAGCGAUGACGUACAGACGACGACUGUAUCAAAAGACAGUAACACAGAUGUUUCAUCUGAAACGUUAGAUAAAUCUAGUGACACUAUCAAAUGUCCAGAGGGCGAAGAAUCGUUAAAUAAAUCCAGUGACACUAUAAAAUCUCAAAAAAGCGAUGAAUCACUAGAUAAAUCCAGUGAUAGUUUCAAAACUCCAGAAAACGAAUUUUUAGAAAAAUCCAGUGAUAGUAUCAAAUCUCCAGAGAGAGAAGAAUCGUUAGAGAAAUCUAGUGAUAGCAUUAAUAUCACAGAAAAAGAAUCUUUAGAAAAAUCCAGUGAUAGUAUCAAAUCUCUAAAAAGAGAUGAAUCAUUAGAUAAAUCCAAUGAUAGUAUCAAAUCUCCAGAAAGAGAGGAAUCCAAGGAUUCAAUCAAUGAAUCAUUAGAUAAAUCCAGUGAUAGUAAUCAAUCUCCAGAAAAAGAAUCGUUAGAAAAAUCCAAUGAUAGUAUCAAAUCUCCAAAAAGAGAGGAAUCAAAGGAUUCAAUCAAUACUGAUACGGGCUACACCAGUUCUGGCGAACAGGAAAAAUCACUGUCGAAAGAAUCGCCGACAGAACCAGACCCACCAGUUGAAUCGACUAAAGCUUCGCCCGAAAAACACGCGCCCGCUACAGAAAAAUCUCCAGAAAAACUAGAAGAAAAAAGCCAAGAGACAACGGAAACCAUCACCGAUAUAAAUAAACCAGUGCCCGAACAAUAAAUAGCAGUGUAUGUGACCAAACUGCUUGUGUUAUAUAACUAAACCUCUAACAGACUUUGACUAUUACAAAGCAGCUUUUUUGUUUGUGAUAGAUUACCUCUUAUGCUUAUUUAGUCAUAACUUUAUCUGUAUGUAUUUAAAAGUGACUAGUGUGUUAAAUUUAUAUUGAAUGACUGCAUUACACUGUUGAAAAGUUAACAAAUGUUUCUUUAUUCACAGAAUUCGAUUUAUAUGAUGUUUUAUUUUUAUGUUUUUGUUUAUAGGGCGACUAUUUUGUUUUGUGUCCAUGUAUGUAACUUGUAAAAAUAUUAAAGUUUGUUAUAGUGGUGCGAGUGAAAUUUGUUUAGUAUGUUAAAAGACACUAUUUUUAUAUGAUUUAAUGAUAUCCUUAAAAGGAUAAACCCAGUGAACGCUGAAAAUCAUUUGUAAAUUUUUCUCAAUAUUCGUAAGACGAUUGAGAUCGUCCAUGUUAAAUACUCAAUUGUGUAAUUUUUAUUGUCCUAGGUUAACUAAUUCAUGCAAACUAUUAUAAUUUGUAAGUUUAAAGUUAAUGUUCGGCAAUUGUCUACUUUAAAUGUUUCCGUAUAAUGAUUGCACAUUACAUUCAAAUUGUUCAUUGGUGAAAUGGGUUAUUAUCAAUCCAUUUUUUUUUCGUAAUAAUGUUACUGUUGAUUGCUGAUUCUAAAAAUAGUAGAUGCGAAACACCUUUUUUGUUUUAUAAAUAAAGCCCUGUAUUAAAA